GAUGUUGGUCUGCAGGAGGUUCUAGAGGAACAUAAGAUCAGUCUGAGGAGGAGAUGUGAACGUGUGACUGAAGGAAGUGAUGAACCAGGAAGUAGAACCCUCCUCAACAGUAUCUACACUGAUCUCUACAUCACAGAGGGACAGAGUGAAGAGGUUAAUACCCAACAUGAGGUGAAGCAGCUGGAGAGAGCUUCCAGGAUCCAGAACCUCCAUGACUCUCCAAUCAGGUGCCACGACAUCUUUAGAGCCUCACCUGACCAACAUGGAGCCAUCAGAGUGGUUCUGACCAACGGCGUCGCUGGUGUUGGAAAAACCUUCUCAGUGCAGAAGUUCACUCUGGACUGGGCCGAGGGCUUGGAGAACCAAGAUGUCCGUGUGGUGGUUCUGCUGUCGUUCAGGGAGCUGAACCUGAUCAGAGGUGAGCAGCACAGUCUUCUCACGCUGCUCCAUGUUUUCCAUCCAACCCUCCAGAAGCUCCCAGCAGAGCAGCUGGCUCGCCACAAACUUCUCUUCAUCUUUGACGGCCUGGAUGAAAGCAGACUUUCUCUGGACUUCAACCACAGUCGGCUUGUUUCUGAUGUCACACAGAAGUCAUCAGUCAAGGUACUGCUGACAAACCUCAUCAAGGGGAACCUGCUUCCCUCGGCUCUCGUCUGGAUCACCUCCAGACCGGCAGCGGCCAAUCAGAUCCCUCCUUCAUGUGUUGCCAGGGUAACAGAGGUACGAGGCUUCAGCGACGCCAAGAAGGAGGAGUACUUCAGGAGGAGGUUCAGUGAUGAAGAGCUGUCCAGCAGAAUCAUCUCCCACAUCAAGACCUCCAGGAGCCUCCACAUCAUGUGUGGAAUCCCAGUCUUCUGCUGGAUCACUGCUACGGUUCUGGAGAACAUGUUGACCACAGAGCAGAGAGGAGAGCUGCCCAAGACCAUGACUGACAUGUAUUCUCACUUCCUGCUGGUCCAGACCAGGAGGAAGAAGAACAAGUACCAUGGAGGACAUGUGAGGAGUCCACAGGAGCUGAUGGAGGCUGACAGGGAAGUUCUCCUAAAGCUGGGGAGGCUGGCGUUAGAACAUGUGGAGAAAGGAAACAUUGUGUUCUACCAAGAAGACCUGCAGCAGUGUGGUCUGGAUGUCACAGAGGCCUCGGUGUACUCAGGAGUUUGUACAGAGAUCUUCAAGAGAGAGAGCCUGAUCUUCCAGAAAGCAGUCUAUUGCUUUGUUCAUCUGAGCAUUCAGGAGUUUCUGGCUGCAGUCUACAUGUUCCACUGCUUCACCAGCAGGAACACAGAGGUGGUGGAGAACUUCCUGGGACAAAAAUACAGAGAAACAUCUCUGGAUGACUUUCUGAAGAGAAUCAUGGAUAAAUCCCUCUCUGGUAGAAAUGGCCACCUGGACCUGUUUGCUCGCUUCCUUCAUGGCCUCUCUGUGGAGUCCAACCAGAGACUCUUAGGAGGCCUGCUGGGUCAGACAGAGAACAGUCCAGGAACCAUCCAGAGAGUCACCAACAACUUGAAGGAGAUGAACACUGAUAAAAUCUCUCCUGACAGAAGCAUCAACAUCUUCCACUGUCUGAUGGAGAUGAAGGACCUCUCAGUUUAUCAGGAGAUCCAACAGUUCCUGAAAUCAGAGAACAGAUCAGAGAAGCUCUCAGAGAUCCAGUGCUCAGCUCUGGCCUACAUGCUGCAGAUGUCAGAGGAGGUUCUGGAUGAGUUGGACCUAGAGAAGUACAACACAUCAGCAGCAGGACGACUGAGACUGAUUCCAGCUGUGAGGAACUGCAGAAAGGCUCGACUAGUGGGCUGUAGUCUCUCACUGACUGAAUGUAAAGUUGUGGCCUCAGCUCUGAAGUCCAACCCCUCCCUGACUGACCUGGAAAUAGAUCAGAUCAGUGAUGGAGGGAGAACCUUUGGAGACUCUGAGAUGAAGCGUCUCUGUGAGAUCCUGGAGACUCCAGUCUGUAAAGUAAAGAAACUGAGGUUGUAUAGCUGCAGGUUGUCAAAGAUCAGCUAUGAUUAUCUGGCAUCGGCGCUGAAGUCCAGCCCGUCCCAUCUGACAGAACUGGACCUGAGUGACAGCGACCUGAAAGAUGCUGGAGUGAAGGAGCUCUGUGGUUUCCUCCAGACUCCCCUGUGCAAACUACAGAAACUGAGAUUGGAGUACGGCAGAUUGUCAAAGAUCAGCUGUGAUUAUCUGGUAUCGGCUCUGAAGUCCAACCCGUCCCAUCUGACAGAACUGGACCUGAGAGACAACAACCUGAAGAAGUCAGAUGUUCAGCAGCUGCGGGGUCUUGUAAAGAGUCCAGACUACAAACUGAAAUAUGUGAAGUGGAGGACGGACAAUGAGUGGUAGCCACCAUCUUAGUAGAGGAGAGAAGCUGAGCUGUCCUGAUGAUCCAGAGGUUGAAGAUGCAGCAGUUUGAGUUUAAAGAGACUCUGACUGGAUCCUGAUGAUGAACUCUGACCUUAGAGAUGUUGAUCCUGUUUAUCUGAUCGUGUCUGUCAUUUAGUGUCUGAUAUUGUUUGUAGUAGUUUAGUUUAAUCGAUCUUCAACACAAAAUAUUAUAGUCAACCACCGGUCAAGUCAGAAUUCAAUUGUAUCAAUUUAAUUUGAAUUCAAAUCAAAAGUUAUAAAGAUCAUAAAGAUGUGGAGUGAAGCCAUUCAGUGCCAACACUUUAAUCCUUAGUUUGUGGUAACCAUUAAAGCUCUUUACAAUUUCAAUCUAAAAGAUACUUACAGAUAUUUUUAUUAUUAAUAUAUGCUUGUGUAUAUGCAAUAAAUACAUACACACUUUUCAUUCACUCUUUCCUUUUCUUCCCCCUCCCACUUAUUUUACCAUGGUUUUUUGAAAGCCAUUAAUCAAGUUUUCUGUAAUUCUCUUUAAAGUUAAAUUAGCACAUUUAAAAAUAUGAUAUUUUUUUUCACAACACUUAAGCUGAUCAUCGAGGUAUUUCUGAUGUAAUUUACAUCUUUUUAAACUUGUCCUCAGCUUUGUGGCAAAUACCAGUACCUCUGAGACUGUAACUGGAUUUUCAAGUCGGAACAACUCUUGGAAACAGCACGGAAACGUAAAUUUGUUCUCUGUGCAUUCAGAGUGCUGAACUCAGGUCAAAAGAUCAUAUAAUUUUAAAAUAUUUAAUUUAAUAGAGUAGAUUUGUUGGGGCAAAAUAUUCUAAAUGGUUGACCCAUAUUUCCACAAAAUGUAGGUAUGGAAGAUUGAAAGACUUAGAGUGCAUUUUGAUUUAUCAAGUUUUUUUAAUUUACAUAAUACAUCCAAUGUUGCCCUUUCUGUAUCAAAGACAUUACUCAUUGGUUGUUUCGAAAAUAACUACAAUUAUAAUAAUUUCCUUUUCAGAAACAAUAUUUAUCAAAAAGAGCUAAGGUUAUUUUUGAGCAGUCUAUUAUCCAAUACAUUUUUAUUCUUUGGUUGUACAAUUAGAUUAGCUUGGGUAGGCCAAGCACUGACAAAGGUGCAUCAUUUAUUGCCUCAGUUCCAGCAAUAAUUUUGUUAUCAAUAAAUUAAUUUGGAUAUGCAUUCUGUUUUGUCCCAUUUCUAAUAAUACCAUUUUAUACUUUUAAGGCACCUUGGAUGUUGUGCUUGUUCUGCUCCAGCAGUUUAUAUUAAUAGGAGCAUUUAUUAAAUAUUAUUUGAGUUAAGUUUUUUUAUAAAUAUUGUAACUUCUUGUUUGUUCUGCUGUUUUAAAUAUAAUCUGUAUAGAUGUUUCUUUAUGUUUCUUACCUCUUAGAAAUCCAUGGUUUGUUGGUCUAGUUACAUCUGAUAUAUUUGCAUAUAUUAUGUUUUUAUGCUUAUCAUAUAGUGUUAUAUAGAGUUACAUAAACCUCGCCCCACGUUUGGGCAUCCAUGUCAGGCUUAAGCGCAGCAAUAGCUUCAGGUUUUCUAUUUCUAUCUAUUUUGGGUGUUUUAUUGUGCAAUUGAUUAAAACUACUGAAAAUAGGAAGAUAGUGCCUAAUGUUAGUAAUCGGUAAUCCUGUGGUAAUUCCCU